AUGGGGAUCCCCAAGCUCCAGGUCCCCACCCCAAAAGACUUCCUCCGGAAACACUCCAAGACGCCUGCGCUCCCAAAGCGCCGGAGGGCGCCUGGGAGCAAGAGGCCUGCGGAGGCCCGGGUGCCAAAGCGGACGGAGCCCCCCGUGAUGGGCAUCCAGAGCAGGAAGGACUACAUCUCCACCAAUGUUGCCGAGGCCAUCAUGGCGGUGGCCAAGAAGCCCCUCCGCGCCUGCGUCGACGUGCGCAAAGGGGACAAGUUCCUCAUCGAAAACUCCGGCCUCGUCAUAAAGUACCGCAACAAGAAGGAUUUCGGUGCCACUCCGAAGUACAUUAGGAAGUGGAAGAUGGAGGCACAGAUGGCCCAGGAGGAGAGGGAGGCCUACGUGAGGGAGAGCAUUCGGAAACACGGUUUGACCCAACUCUCCAAGGAGGAGCGAGAGAAAGUCAUUGAGGGCCUCAAGACGAACUGGGAAGAGGUCAAUAAGGAGUUCCAGGCCCUCUCCGUGGUGAUCGAUUCGGUUUCGAGGAAACUCCGCAAAGAGAAAAUGGAGUUGGAGAUGAAGCAGCUGGAAGAGGACAUCAAGGUCCUGGAGAAGCACAAAAUCAUCUAUAUCAAGAAUGAAUAG